AUGACAGAUAAAAUAACAUCGUUGAUUAAAUAUGAUACCCCCGUUUUGGUUACUACCAAAAAGAAGGAAGAGACUGAUAAGGUACCCCGGUUGUCUAUGCGAGAUGGUAUUCCGACUGAUGCAUCAGACGUGAGCAGCACCAGUGCACCAGGAUUAAGUGGUGCCCUUCCGCCUGGCGGACCACUCGGCACUGCAUCUUCCAGCAGAAUUGUUCUGCCGCCUUUACACGAACUGCGCAAAAUGGAAACCCAAGAAAUACUAAACCUCAUCUUACCACCUAAGGAAUGGGAGGAACAAGGUCAGCUAUGGGUACAGUCUGUCUCAACAACGCCAGCUACUUCGGUGGAUGUUCAACAGCUUCAAGAGCAUCUCGACCUUCGUUUGCAGGAGCAGAUGGCUUUUGAAACGGGCAUUUGUCCCAUGCGACGGGAGCUCUACACGCAAUGCUUCGAUGAAAUCAUUCGUCAAGUGACGAUCAACUGCGCUGAGCGAGGACUUUUGCUGUACCGGGUGAGGGAUGAUGUGAGAGAAACACUUGAUGCAUACCAGAGAUUAUAUACGUCAGCCUGUGCCUAUGGUGUCAGGAAAGCUCUCAUGGCGGAGGAGUACAAAGUAAAAGUAGGUUCCCGAUGCGACGGGCUCCGGACUCAAGUUAAAGAACAAGAAGAGAGAGCCGCAAAUCUUCGUCAGGAAAUCGACCAACUGCAAACAGAAGCUCAAGAGGCAAGACAAGCAGAGGCUGAUAAGCACGAAGAAACAAAAACAAUUCAUCAAGCUAGAAUAGAAGUGCUUAAGAAGAAACUGGAAGGGAUUAUCAAGCAAGCGACUCAGCCAAAGAAGUAGUUUGAAUAUCGUUGUGGAGAAAUAAACAUUUUAUAAUAAUAUUAAUAAAUUUUAUACAUCUGCUUUUUUUCCACUGAUAUCCUUUACUUAGUUUUAAUGUUCUUAAAUGGGAGAAAAAUAGCAUAUAUGUAUAAGUAAACACUCAAUGAAGUUCACCUAUCCCUCUUGAACCUAGGUUCAUGCAUGAAGUGUUCGUAGAACAUUGGAUGAGGAGAGAGAGAGAGAGAGAGAGAGAGAGAGAGAGAGAGAGAGAGAGAGAGAGAGAGAGAGAGAGAGAAACUGCAUUUGCAGUAUGGUACGGAUAUGUGUGCUGUAAAACUUGACCAACGAGUUUGGAGUCCAUAAAAAGAUUAACUUUUUUUUUACUGUUGUAAGUUCUAACCUAUUUUUUUUCAUGUGAUAUUGUAGUCAAUCUUAUUUUAUUUUAUUUGUGCAGCAGCCUUUAGACAUAAUUAAGCUUACAUAUUAAAGUAUAGACAGUAGGAAGAUCCUUUUCAGCAAUUCCAGUGACUUCUUGUUGUAUCGUGAUUGCCGGCUGCUUCAAAUGGAUAAUCUUAUUUGUUGAAGAUCAGUGAUGCUGCUGUU